AUGGCCAACUACCAGAGCAUCGAUACACGGCCUGCAGGCAUGGCCCCAGACGCCUCCGAAUCCCUUCCCCGCCAGCCCGAGAAGUCCUGCACGGACUCCUGCGCGAUCAGCUGCCUCAAGUGCACGGACGCAUGCUUCCCGUGGUACAAGUGGCCUUGCCAAUGCGGCCUGGUCCCGCUCUACAUGCGCCGGAUCUUCCUCAACAAGUUCAACCUUCUGCCGGUGGACGAGGUCAACCCUCCCGUGGUCCCCCCGCCCCCGGCCGGAGGUGUUCCCGUGUACCACCGUACCGUCACCGGCCACUACAACGAGCUCGACUGCCCCGCCGCCGGGGGAGCCAACGAGGCCUUGGGCCGCAACUGCCCCGGCUACGCGCCCGGCUCUCGCCGCGAGAACAUCCCCGACCCUUUCCUUGUGGCGCAGAAGCUCCUGGCUCGCCGCCCGUCGGGACCGAACAAGGACUUCUUCAAGCCGGCCGGCGCGCAGCUGAACGUCCUCGCUGCGGCUUGGAUCCAGGCCAUGGUGCACGACUGGGUGGACCAUACGGAGGCCGAUCCCACCGAGCUGUCUGGCGGCGCGGCCCACGGCUGCCCCAUGAACAAGUUCAAGUUUAAGAAAACGGGCGCCACCGCGAGCACGAACAACCACCAGGCCUACCGCAACCCCCGCACCCACUGGUGGGACGUGUCCUUCGUCUACGGCAGCGACGAGGAUACCCUCAGGCGCACCCGCACCUUCGAGGGCGGCAAGAUUCUGGCCGGCAGCGACGGGGUCAUGGACCACACCCCGGAGGGGAACAUCGCCUCGGGAGACAACAAGAACUCGUGGGUGGGCGUGUCCCUCCUGCAGGCGCUCUUCUCGAUGGAGCACAACUCGAUCGCCGACGAGAUCGCCGCUGCGCACCCCACCUGGAACGACGAGGAGAUUUUCCGCAAGGCUCGCCUGGGCGUGAGCGCCAUCGUGGCCAAGGUACACACGAUCGACUGGACUGUGGAGCUCCUCAAGAACCCCAUCCUGCGCACCGCCAUGAGGGCCAACUGGUACGGCAUCAUCGGUGAGUGAGGGUGUCCGAUGAGUGCUGCUGCUGCUGGAGAGGAGUGAAAAGUGGGCGUGAACUCUGACUUCUUGCUGACCCAACCUCCCCUGAUGGACUGCACGCUGCUGCUGCUGCUGCUGCUGUAUUUUUGUUUUCGUUGGUCCCAGGCAAGUUCUUGAAGGAGAACACGUUCCUCGGUAAGGCCGGGAACACGCUCAUCUCCGGCCUCGCCAACCUCAAGGAGGUGAGAGAGGCAUUCCGAGACGUGUGGCGGUGCUUGGUGUUGUUCAGGCACUUGUAGGCUCUGGCAGGAGAUGUAAGUAUGGGCAAGCUAGAAGCUACCCCCUGGGAGAGGCGUUGCUCACGUCGUCGUCGGAGAGAGAGAGAGUUUUUUGCUGCCCGUCUGGUGGUGGUGGUGGCAGUAGCGCCAAGGCACGUGGCGCCUUUGGUUGUUGAACGUCAUGUGUUUUGAGUGGAGGUUGGCGAGAGGCUGGUGCUGGUAGUAGGGCUGGCGGCGGUACCUGCGCCUUUGGGUGUUCACGCCACUAUGAACGGCACGUGCCUGCGCCCAAACGGCAUGCGUUUGCAUCAAAUCCAGUUGGUAGACAAGGCGCGAAGCCGCUUGGGGUUUUCGUGUUGUGCAUCAGUCACCGACCGCGUUCCUCCACAACGGCGUGUCCUGUGCCGUCGAAUGAGCACGAGGAGGGCAAACAGGACGGCUUGAUCUGGUCCCAGCGGUGUCGAACUUCAUGGACAGA